AUGGAUCCAGCCACGACCACCACCACAAACAAACCCGUGCGCACCAGUCUACAACACAAGCGCUCAAUAAGUCAUAUCGAGACGACGACAACCAAAUCGCGUCCGCCCAGUCAAACAAGUCAAACCACACAAUCACAGCCCUCGAGCAGAACACACUCUCGCUCGCCGAGCGCACAUCGGUAUAUAAAUGUUUAUGUUAAAGAUACUUUUCAAUUAACAUCAAUAAAAAAUGAAAUCAAUUCACCGCUUGAUCAUAAUAUUCAAUAUACGAAUAAUUUAUCAUACGAAAAUAUUGAUGAUAAUGAGUCGAAGAUUGAGUCGGAGCCAUUAUUACUUGAUAGUGAAUAUUACGACGAGCACAUAAAAAAUGAUAUAAAAGAUUCCAGCACAUCAAAUUCUGCAGCCAAAAAACGAUUAUCGCGAACCAUACAACACAUUUCUUCAUUUUUACAAAUCAACGCAAAUAUUUCACCGGCGAUUUCUUUUCCGGUUACCGUCGAGAAAACAUUUACGGUGGAACGAUUGGCCAGACAGAUUGAAGCAGAAUACGCGUUCAAAUAUGGUGGAAUUGAGCAAGUUGGUAAUUAUGAGCCACUUGAAGUGGGUUUACUAUACGAUGUUGGAAUGGUUGCUCUUCGUUUUCGUGAUGUAGUUGGCGAAGUUUUGGAGCAUGGAGAUGUCGUGAAUGUAUUGAAUAUUUAUGAAGGCCAUAGUGGAUUCAGGGAUCAGCUUGAGGGUCUUGAAGAAUAUGCAGAUUUAGAAGGUUCUAGAAAUAGCAUUAUUUGGAGUCCUACUAUUUCUGAUAAUCAAAUAACUGCUUCAGGAUUCAUACCAUCCCCAGAACUUUCUCCCAAAGAAAAACGUCGUUAUAGUGUGCCAAUCAUUACAAACUAUAAUAAACAGAGUCACUUUCAAGUUGAUUCAUCUGCACCGCCAGUUCCUUCGAUUCCUCCGGUCUCAAAACAACAAUCUUUCAUGAAUACUUCCAACAAAUCAACGUCUCUUCUUCCGACACUGUCUCCAACAUCUGGAUCAUCUACUCAACCCUUUGGUGAUACACUGCCACCGAAUCCCACCGCAGCGCACAUACAAAGUUUAAUUCAAGCAUCGGAAGCUCGAUUCCAAUCGAUACUAACAAACACGUUGGCUCUGAAUUUUUUUCAACGGUUCACUAUUAGUGAAUAUUCUGCUGAAAAUCCAUUGUUUUGGCUUGAUGUCGAACUUUUUGCCGCGGGAAUUUCUUCGGAUGGCGAGGAUAAUUAUUUUGACGAACAACAAACUGCGCUGAUACAUGCCAAAUAUAUUUACUUGACUUAUAUUAGUCCGAAUGCUCCGUUGCAAGUUAAUUUGAGUGAUGAAAUUAGACGCGAGAUUCCUUGGCCACUUGAUGAUGACUGUGUGGUAGAAAGAGACAUUUUUGAUGAUGCCCAAGAGGCUGUAUAUCAACUGAUGAAAGGUCAUACUUUCAUGCGAUUUGAAGAGAGUAAAGAAUGGAGAGAAUGUCUAAGGAUCAAGAGUGAAGAGCCCGAAAUAUAUGAACAGCAUCAAAUGGCCAAAUCACUAGAGCAUUACUUUCGACCAAACAUGAAUCUAAUGCUUGCUGUAACAAUGGCACUUGACAGUGAUGCAUCACCAAAUCCCAUUUCACAUCACUACAAAGAACAAACGUUACACUCGACCCUAUCACAAUAUUUCCCUGAAUCAAUAUUAUCAGAUGGUACAGGAAAGAAACCCGAAAUUCAUCGAUACUCUGAAAUUCUUGCCCCGCCCGCACUACAGGGAUACUUCAACUCUGAGAAUCGAAUGACCACCGCGCAACGGAUGCGACGAAUUAAAAAAGAGAAAAAAUUACGUUGGGUAUUCGGUGAGAAAGUCGCAAAGAUGCCUGGACAAUUCAAUAAUAUCGGAAGAAGAUCUAAAGAACUUUUGUUGGAUGAUAAUGAGGAUGUGACGAGUGUGACGUCGGUCUUAACUGCUAAUAGGAAAGCCACCAGAGAUGUUUGGCAUCGAAAGAAAAAAGUUGAGAAGCUCGAGUCGAUAUUUGGUAAGGCUUUGAAAGAAACUCAGUUGUAUUCGCAGCAGAUCAUUAAAAAAGAACCAACGCAAAAAAGUGAUCGAGAUUCUUCAACACCAUUAUUAAAGAAAGAACAUUCUACUGCGAUUAAAAAUACCGAGACUUUUGUAAAAAAUGAUCCGACUUCUUCAUCACCAACAUCAUUUGAAUUUUUUAAUUCGAAUCACGACGAUGGGGUUCUUCUGAGUACAGUCAAUGAUCUCAGCACAAAAGAUCGUAGAUUGUUAUGGAAGAAAAGUAAAAAGCUCCAAUUGAUGCUCGGUGAGACAUUAGAUGAAGAAUUAGUACGUCAAGCACUCACAUUACCAACUGUUAAUACUCCUGCAUCAAUAGACAAUGACAAUUAUAAAUCACCGACACAAUAUCGAAAAAAAUUAAGAAGAGCUUCAGAUUCAAUGAUUCCUCCAACUCCGUCGACUACACAGUCAUCAUUAGCAUCACCUUCCCAUUCUGUUGUUAUUUCCCCGCAAAAAACUGACUUUGCAAAGAACAGAAAUAAAAAUAAAUCGAAACGUGAAUCCGAAAGUUGGGAUGCAUCUAUUAACCGAGAUAGUGAUAAUAUUAAUGGACCACAUGCUUCUUCUCUACUAAUGCUUAAUAAGGAUACACGAGGAUAUAGACGAAAGAAGUUGCAAAAACUUUAUCAAUUUCUUGGCGAAAAAGUUCCCGUUCACGUGGUGUUGGGUCAAGAUGAUGACUAUGAAGAUUCAUUGCCACCCACGCCCACAGUAAUAAGAAACCAACCACAUCAAGAAGUGGGAUCAAAUUCGCAAAAUUUUGCCAAGAAGUCCAGUAAUUCCUAUCAUCAACAACACAAUAAAAAUAACAAUAACGUCGUCGCCGCCGCCUCCUCGACUAGCAAUUAUGAUAUGUCUGAUCAAUUUCAUUCCCCAUCAGUUAACGCAAAAUUAUUAGCCCAAGACAAGAAAUUACAUCAAAAGAGAGCUGUAAAACUAAAGAAGAUGUUUGGAGAAACCCCUCCACAGAAUCUUUACAUCUCAUCAACGCCACUACAUUAUACCAAAAAAACACACUCUCCAUCUUCUUCAAUAUCACAAUCUUCAUCAAUUUCUCAGGACAAGAGAACAUCAUCGUCAUCAAGGUUAGAUUUACAUCAUCGCAGUCUGAUGUCACUGGAUUACCUAUUGGAAAAUGAUCGAAAGGUCGUAUACGAAUUAAUAGAUUAUAUGUUCGAGAGUGAUGAUGAGGGUGAGGAAGAAGCCGAUAAUAAUUCGACCAACAAUGAUGAAAUAAAUCAAAAUGCUCAUCGACAUAUUUAUUCUGCACCUGUGACACCUUCCACUGGUAAACCACUUUUACCUCCAAUAUUUCAAUCCUCAUCAUCAGGGAAACAAUAUCGCCUCAAAAACAUCCAAAAAUUAUCAAAAUUUUUUGGAGCAAAUGAUAACAACAGCAAUAGUCGUCAAAUGUUACCUGUUGAGGUUCUCGAUGAAUUAUUAGCUGACCUUGAAAAAGAAAUUCGAGAAGAAGCGAAUACAAAUGAGGACGGCGGUGAUAGUGAAUUUGAUCGUGAAGCGAUAGAAGAAUUGAUCGGAAAAAUCAAGGAAUUGCGAGCUAAGACUAAUGAAUAUUAUAAAAAUGAGGAAACUUCUAAUGCUAAUGCUUCUUCAUCAAAUCAACAAUAUUCUUCUCAUGGUCGUAGGAUUGCGGAUAGUGGCUCGGUGUUGUUAAAUUGA